UUCUCUCAUUAUGCUCACUCCUAUUAUCGAGCUCAACAAAAUCUCUUCAUUGCGCACCUUGUAUUAGUAGGCAGCCAGGUUUUUCCAUGGAUCGUGAAUUAUAAGCACAUAUCUUCCGAUGGGUAGGAUGCUAAAUUACCGAUGUUGAACAGAUAUUCUGGUGGGACUACUUGAUGAGCACUGUGCGCUUUGUGCUUUGUUACCUUCAAUCGACUUCCUUUGGCGUCGGCUUUGGCUGGACCUCCUUACGACAUCGCUGUUACACAGCAUUUGUACUUGCCUAUUUCGCACGAGAAACAUGCAGGGAAACGUUAGGCAAAGGUCCCAAUGAGUGCAGUGCGAUCGUCCACAAGUCCAUUACGUCGUUGUAUUUUCCACUUCGCACGGGAACCGCUUAUCAUCAGGCGGAAGGAUGCCUGAAAAGCUCUCGAAAUAUUAUUAUAAGAUUCCGCCCGGUCAGCACACUGAACCGGGGCCAGCUCAUUGACCAACGGGUAUAAAAACCACCCGAUUGCCUACUAGUAUUUGAUAUAGUAGGAACCUAUCAUGGUUCAAAUCACAUCCAAGACGUGUGCUGGGAGGAAUCACAAGUACUCACGCGGUAGGUGAAGUGUGAAGUUGAG